ACUGCCUCGGACGCCAGCCUCGGUCUCGUGGCCCAUGACGACCAAGCGAGCGCGCGGUACGCUGACGCCGGCGUUGGCCCUCGACCACGUCCGUCUCUCGAUCGUCCAGAGCUUGCGCUCCUGGCAGGACGUCGUCGCUUUUCUCGGUGCCUUGCCAGCGUCCUCGCUCGAUCGGCCCCUGACGGCGCUCCGGGAUCUUCCCUUGACGUGGCGCAACUUCAUCGAGCAGUGGCCAAUGCCCUGCCUCGACUACAUGAGCCCAGAGGCAAUGCACCUCGCCCUCGCUGCGCUCCCAGCGAUCCCGUCCAUCGAAAUAUAUUGCGUCACGACGCUUGAAGAGACGCCGUCUGGUCAUCACGACGACCUCGGCGCGCUUGCGGCGGCUUGGUCGACCAAGAUCGAGUGCGUCGACAAACCAGUCGAUACCGACAGCGUUGACUUCUGUCGACGCGUCUUGCCGCACUGCUCGCGCCUCAAGCUGUUGAGUUUCGAAGCGUCAGUGUGUGCCGACGUGCUGCCGCUGCUGCCGUCGAGCGUGUGCAAAAUCCACAUCUUCAACAACAACAGCAACUUCGGCGAUGGUGGCGUCGUCUGGAGAAUCGCGGCGCCCUUGCAACAGUGGCUUUCCACUGGACACGACAAGCGAGUCGUCAUCCACGGCCCGCUGCCCCCCGACGAUGCCGCCGCCGUCGCCGACGUCGUUGUGACCGCAACGUCGUUGGUUGAGCUCAACCUUUACCAGGCGCCUGAGCUCGCGCAUGCACUCGAGGGCAAGGCGCUGUCGCGCAAGACACGCGCCGAGAGCUGGAGCGUCUUGUCGCUGCCGUCGCUGUCAUUGGUCGCCUUUGUCAACCACGCCGACUUUUGGAGCAACCUCGCGAGCCUCGUCCAGGUGCUGCGCCCGAUCAAGACGCUCAUGGACCUCUUUGAGACGCACGACGUGACGCUUGCCGAUGUCUACGCAGGCUAA